AUGCCACUGCUCACCUUUCGUCCUGAGGUGGACAUGUACGAACAGAGUAAGAAGGCAGAAAUGUGUCUGGUACACAUGUCGGCAUCUUAAUCAUUGUUUAAUCAUUUCUUCGUUUAGGAGACUAAUGUUUAGAUGAAGUCAUAACAGACCUCAAUAGGGCAAGUUCAUGUCUCGUUAGUAGUUGUUCUCUGCCUAUGAUCUCACAUCAGUGUAGAGGAAUCUCCCAGAGCCAAUAAUGAAAUUAUAAUGAGCCAGUUUUAAAGGAGAUGUAAUGCUUUAAUCUUUCAUUCCAAAAUAAUUUCUCAUUCAUUAUUAGCCAGUGUUUCUGCUCUAAACAAUCCAGGCUACGGUCUUUAUUUUACUUUAAAGGUUCUCACUAUCAAACUAGAUAGGUACUCACUUUACUUAUCCCAUGAUGACCAUGGUCGAUGUAUUUGGCCAACACAGGGUAUAAGCCCUAAGUACUAUUGAUGUUUGUCACUUGGUUUUAGCCUGCAUCUCCGUCUCACAGACACCACUAUCACUAUCUCCUCACUGUAAUAGCCUGUUGUCUUUGGUUAGGUUUGACUAUUGCAGGUUCAUAGAGCUAGACUACAUUCCAAUGGAGACAGGCUUUAUGGUUUCAAUGCGCCCAACGGAUCGAGGAUAUCUCACUACCAAGUCUCCGGAGCGGCACUGUCGGUUAGCACAACUCUCCCUUUAUCCCUCUCACUCCGUCUCUUUUUUUUGUUAUCUCUCUCUGACUUCGUUCCCCAGGCAUGUACAGUGCAUUCGGAAAGUAUUCAGACCCCUUCCCUUUUUCCACAUUUUGUUAGGUUACAGCCUUAUUCUAAAAUGGAUUAAAUUGUUUUUUCCCUCAUCAAUCUACACACAAUACCCCAUAAUGACAAAGCAAAAACAGGUUUUUAGAAGUUUUUGCAAAUGUAUUAAAAAUAAAAACAGAAAUACCUUAUUUACAUAAGUAUUCAGACCCUUUGCUACGAGACUCGAAAUUGAGCUCAGGUGCAUCCUGUUACCAUUGAUCAUCCUUAAGAUGUUUCUACAACUUAAUUGGAGUCCACCUGUGGUGAAUUCAAUUAAUUGGACAUGAUUUGGAAAGGCACACACCUUUCUAUAUAAGGUCCCACAGUUGACAGUGCAUGUCAGAGCAAAAACCAAGCCAUGAGGUCGAAGGAAUUGUCCGUAGAGCUCCGAGACAGUAUUGUGUCGAGGCACAGAUUUGGGGAAGGGUACCAAAACAUUUCUGCAGCAUUGAAGGUCCCUAAGAACACAGUGGCCUCCAUCAUUCCUAAAUUGAAGAAGUUUGGAACCACCAAGACUCUUCCUAGAGCUGGCCGCCCGGCCAAACUGAGCAAUCGGGGGAGGAGGGCCUUGGUUUGGGAGGUGACCAAGAAUCAAUGGUCACUCUGGACUGAGCUCUGUGGAGAUGAGAGAACCUUCCAGAAGGACAUCCAUCUCUGCAGCACUCCACCAAUCAGGCCUUUAUGGUAGAGUGGCCAGACGGAAGCAACUCCUCAGUAAAAGGCACAUGACAGCCCGCUUGACGUUUGCCAAAAGGCCACAUAAAGCACCCUCAGACCAUGACAAACAAGAUUCUCUGGUCUGAUGAAACCAAGAUGUGACGCUUGGCAUUCAGGCCAAAGAGUUCAAUCUGGAGGAAACCUGGCACCAUCCCUACGGUAAAGCAUGGUAGUGGCAGCAUCAUGCUGUGGGGAUGUUUUUCAGCAGCAGGGACUGGGAGACUAGUUAGGAUCGAUGGAAAGAUGAACGGAGCAAUGUACAAAGAGAUCCUUGAUGAAAAACCUGCUCCACAGCGCUCAGGACCUCAGACUGGGGCGAAGGUUCACCGUCCAACAGGACAACGACCCUAAGCACACAGACAAGACAAAGCAGGAGUGGCUUCGGGACAAGUCUCAAUGUCCUUGAGUGGCCCAGCCAGAGCCUGGACUUGAACCCGAUCGAACAUCUCUGGGGAGACCUGAAAAUAGCAGUGCAGCAACACUCCCCAUCUAACCUGACAAGAGCUUGAGAGGAUCUGCAGAGAAGAAGUGGAGAAACAUCCCCAAAUACAGGUGUGCCAAGCUUGUAGCAUCAUACCCAAGAAGACUCGAGGCUGUAAUCGCUGCCAAAAGUGCUUCAACAAAGUACUGAGUAAAGGGUCUGAAUACUUAUGUAAAUGUGAUAUUUAAAAAAAAAAUGUUUGCUUUGUCAUUAUGGGGUAUUCUGUGUAGAUGGAUGAGGGGGAAAAAAACAAUUUAAUAAAUGUUAGAAUAAGGCUGUAACGUAACAAUGUGGAAAAAUUCAAGGGGUCUGAUUACUUUCCGAAUGCAGUGUAUUUAGUCUUAAUGCCAAGAUGCUUUGUCAUUCAAUAUGCAUUUUAAAGUCUUAAUUGGAACUUUUGAUAAAUUGUUCUGUUAUUGAGCAUCACUAGAUGUGGGGUGUUAGAGCAUUAAAGUCCAUGGCAUGUAGAUUGAAUCCAGGUACUUUCUAAACCAUCACAUGCAAGCUGAUCUGUUGUUAGCUGGUAGUAACCUUUCACUUUUGCUUUUGCCGUUCUCAUUUAUUGAUAGGCGUUGCUGACAUUAUUGAAGUUCUACUUUGUUUUGGCUUUUGGUUUUCUUGGCAGCUUUCAUCUACUCAAACGCAUGACAUCUUUGAGCCAUCGUGUAAUAUCAUCUGUGUUACAGAGCAUACUGUAUGUCCGCCUUCAUGAUAGCCUUUUAAUGUAUGUGUAUGUCUUGGCAAGUUUUGAGUCUGUGUUUUUUUUGUGGGCAUGUUGUGGGUGAGUUUUGGGCAUGAUUAAUGUUGGUUAAGAGUUUUAUUGAGGCAGGAUUUGUCCUGGUGUUUGAUAAUGUCAGUUAAUAUUACUCUGUCUGCCUAUAUUGCAUGAUGUAGUAACUAUGUCCCUCUCACACUGGUGCAGACGGACAGCUGCCCCAGUCAGCAACAGAGAUCCCUAUGGCAAUGCCUCUCUCAGCAGCAGCAGCACUAACUCUGGCUCCUGCAAGGGCAGUGAUUGCAGCCCCACCAAGGGGUAAGACAAAAAUUGGCUACCCCAUCAAUCUAUAAGACUAAGGGCUCUAUUCAAUCUGUAUUGAGGAAAUUCAGCGUUCCAGCGUGAUUUAAAUUUAAAGGCAAUUUUCCCGCAUUAGCGGAGACUGCAUUCAAGGUAAACGCUGCAGAUUUCCGCUUAAUAGGAACUUACCUUUACAUUUCUUCAGCGAUACAGCUUGAAUAGAACCCUAUGCCAAGCCAGCUAUGCCCCAUGUCAGUAUCAUUCUCCUACAUGGGAGAAUGAGUGCCUACUGCAAAGUAGCCUACAAAGUGUUAAAUUUUGUAUUAUAAGGACAUGUUAUUAAAAGGCCUUAUAAUUUGUUAUAAGAAUGUAUGAGCCGUAGCCCUUUUCACUUUUACCCAUUUAUGGGUUAAAAAUGGCAGAUUUGGACACUGAUCAGCACCUAAAUUGGAGCGCAGUGGCUGUACAGUAACACGCUAUACAUGACAUCAGAGCUCAGGCUCACAGUUCUGUAUGGGUUUUGACUGACAGUUAUUCUGAACUUGAGGACCGUGCGUGACAAGAUGUUGCCCCAUCCCUCCCGCUAAUUGGGCAUCUUUAGCACAUUUUUUGUCUGAGUGAGAGAAAAGGUGUACAUUAUGAGGACUCUCUGUAUUUUGAAAGAUGAGAUGUUGAAGAUUAUAAUAAAUAACGCUUGAUGUCAUACAAGCAAGCCAAACACCCGUGAGUCCAAAUGUGCACUUCACAUUUACAUAUCAUAAAACUCAUGUCAUAUACAGUGUCAACUUUUAUGAUAACUAUGUUUGAUGUACAGUUACAAGAUGACAUGGCGUUAUACCCUGGGUUGUCCUGAACAGAAUGAGCCUAUGUUUGUUGUAUUGUGAAGAAAAUCUGCCGUGGACCAAGCAUCUGAAUACACUCAUGACUCCUUUCUAUGCACACCAAAAUUACGAUCUGCUUCUCUGAAUUGCCUUGUGAAAACCUAACACUGUAAGAUUGUAUUUUAUAAUUGAGAAAAUCAUGUUGGCAAUAGAAUAAGAUUUCAAAUUAUGCCCACCUGACCCAGAUUGUGAUUUAUAAUGGAAAAAUGUUGGAUUGUGUAAACAACAACAGUAAUUGUGUAAAGUCUGGGACGCAGGGCUGUGUUCCAAACAAAACUAAUACAAGUCUGCUUGCUCUAGUUCCUCAAUAGCACAGCUAGGAGAGUAAAAAAAUAACACCUUUUAGUUGAAGACUCUUCUUUGAGUCAUAAAAGUGCAUUGAAAAUUACUUAAGAACUGUGCACACUUUGGAGAGGUGUGUGGCCACUUGGAAACACCAGUUAGUCAUCUCACUCAAACCCUUGUCAUUUUUUUGUCUGAUGUUGCACCUAUCCCAAAUUUUCACAAAAAUAUUCUUAUCAUGUUAUUGAAUGUAUCCAAAGUAUUUUCAGAUUUCAUUAUCAACAAAUGUGGUGAAAAGUACAGUAAAUGUAAAAUGCACAUAAAAUCAACAGUGUAAUGUUUGGAUUCAGUCGUGUCAGGUGAACUGUUGUGUCCUCACAUUGAGUCUAAUAAUUUUCCCAUGAUCUCUAAACUGUUCCCUUUUAAUUGCUACCAUGGGUAUGCAUAUGCUUUCCACAUUUCUUCUGUAAGAAACAUUUCAAUUUAGCCCUAUUCAUAUAGGCCAGCAGCGUGUAAGGGGUUUUAAUAAUCUUAUAAUAAAGUUUAUAGAAGAUAAUGGAUUCUAAUAGAUCUCUCUCCUGUUUCCUCUCUCUCUCCAAGGCGUCACAUGAAGGCAUACACCUCAUGUACAGAUAACCAUGGCAUCCGCCCCCCUCCCCCCGAGCAGUACCUCACACCCCUGCAGCAAAAGGAGGUGUGUAUCAGACACCUGCGAGGCCGCCUUAAGGAGACGGUCGACAGGCUGCAGGACAGGUGAGACACACAAAAGGACACACACUGGAAUUAUUCUCUAGCCAAAGGGAAGAUGUCGACUCAAUUACAUUUUCCCAUUUACUCUGGUCUCAUUCAAACAAGUACAUUUUUCAUUUGAGCAUUUUUUUGUUUUGGAAAUAUUAUGCUCUUUGAAAUAUAGAUUUGAAUGUCAACUGUUACCCCAUUUCCAUUAAAUGACCCUCAUAACUCUUUCAAUUUGUAAUUAUGUUGAUAUAUAAACAUAAUUGUUUGGAGGCAAAUUACUAAAUCGCCAAACAUUAUUACUAAAUCUCUCUUAAAACCUCCCUUGUUCACUCCCUCCUCUUCCUCUCUGUCUGUCUCAGGGACUCUGAGAUCGAUGCGUUGAAGACCCAGCUGUGUCGGAUGCAGGAGGACUGGGUUGAGGAGGAGUGUCACCGCGUGGAGGCCCAGCUGGCUCUGAAGGAGGCGCGCAGGGAGAUCCAGCAGCUCAAGGAGGUGGUGGACGUGGUGCGCACCAACCUCAGCUCCAGCGACUCCACCGACACCGGUGUCCAGAAAUACUUCCAGGACAUCAACGUCCAGAACCACAAGCUGGAGACCCUGCUGCUCAGCAUGGAGCAGGCUCAGAACGGGGUGGCCAAGGAGCAGGAGGCUGCUGCUGCAGCAAGAGGAGUGGCAGGGGGGUCUCGGGCUGGGAGGCCUGGGACUGCGGGGUCAUGGCCCGGGAGUAGUCCCGCUGCAUCAGGGACUGGAGGGGGUGGCUCCAAGAGUCUGUGUGGGUCCUGUGACGGCUCCCCCUCCCGUUCUCUGACCCAUAGCUCCACCUACACCAAGCUGAGCGACCAUGCACUGGCGGAUAAGAACGGGAAUGGCCUGUCAGGGGAGGAGAACCAUGACAGCGGCUUUGUGUGUUGUGGGGAGAAUCACAGUCACAGUGCAGCCAGCAGUCACAGGGCAGACUUGCUCCUGGAGGCAGCCUUCCUAUCUGAGGAGACAGCCUCACUGCUCAGCACCUACUCCCACCUGCCGCACUCCUCCACCUACGAGAAGCUGUGCACCGGGCAGGACAGGGUGGUGCCCCUGCGCUGUGCCAUGGGUGGGGCGGGCAGCACCAGCCACUCCUGUCUGUCCCACCACCACCUGUACCUGCACCACCUCAGGGAGCAGGCCGUCCAGACAGAGAGCUGCCCCAUCCCUGUGGGAUUGGGCUACGCAUCUGACCUGGACACCAUCGCUGAGCGCACCUUCCGCUCUCAGGCCUGCAGCCCCACCUCCACCUGGGUCUCAGACGAGGGCGACGACCUGGACUCGGUUACCAUGACGUCAGUCACCAUGACAACCCUCACAGCUACAACAGCUGAGCCCGCUCCUGGCACUCCUUUACCCAGCUCUGCCUCUGUCUCCUGUGCAGUGGAUAUGCCCUCCCUCUCAGUGAAGGAGAAUGGGGAGAUGGUGGGAGAGUUGGAGAGGCAUAUGGAGGUAGUGGGGGAGGGCGCGGUGGGGAUGGUAGGCAAGCAGCAGGAGGAGGAUGUGGGAUUGGUACAGUUGUGUAAGCAGGCGGAGGUAAAGGUGCUGGGGUUGGUGGGGGAGGGGGAGGGGAAGCAGGGGGUGGUCAGGGAGUUAGAUCUAGAUAAUCAGAGGGAGGAAGUGGAGGAGCUUUUGGAGGUGAGGAAUCAGGGAGAGGUUGAGGAGGCGAGGUCAUUGGAGGUGGAGGAGCGGCCCCACACCUCCCAGCCCAGGAGCAGCUCGCUACAGCAGGAGAUAGCUGGGGUGACAGUGGUGGAGGGUAAUGAUGAUGAUGAAGAGGCUGAGGUUCGGGGAGCAGAGGAGUCUACCUCUUCUGGGUCUGGACCCGCAGUGAAGAGCUACUGGAGCCGCCACUUCCUUGUGGACCUGCUGGCAGUGGCAGUGCCCGUGGUGCCCACGGUGGCAUGGCUGUGCCAGGGGGCACGGCGCGAUGGACUGCCAAUUUACCACUUCGGCUCCCUGCUGCGUGGCUGCUGCACAGUGGCCCUCUCCUCCCUGCGCAGGGGUGGGGGAGUCAGGCACUACCCCGCGGGCACGGGUGGGGGAGCCAUGGGGGGCACAGAGAUCUGA